AUGGCCCCUCAGAAAGGUCAUCAAGAUGUGGCAGCAGCUAGGCAUGACCCUGUUGUUCUUGACACUUCUGAUGUCAACCCAAAUCUGGGUGAGUUCGAGAAGAUAGAGGAUCCGCUCUCUGACCUCGAGGAGGAGAGCGUGCUAAAAGGAGGCAAGGUGGUGUUGUCGGUGGCAAUGGCUGAGGAGGUGAUGCCAAAAAUUGAAAAAAUUUGUGACCCUGAUAUGGAUGAUUUCUUUUGUUUCUGUCCUAUUGCUCUGGGGACGCAAAAUCCCUAA